GGGGGCGUCACACGCAUCCACAAUCCAACCAUUGUCGAUGCAAACCGCAAAUGAACGGUGGCGUUUUGACCCCCUUCAUCGCUAUGGGUUUUUCACAGCAUCUCACGAGGAAACUUAGCCAUUGACCUGACUGAGGGAUGGAGUCCCUCUUUGGGGGCGAGCUGGGCCUCCUGGGCGGGGGCGAGGGGCUGAGGGAUGACGGCUGCGGCUUGGGGUCGGGGGUCAACUGGUCGUCCUCACCCAUCCAAGACGACAUGUACCCCUCCCACUUCGCCCUGGCCGCCGCCUACCAUGACAUCAAGACGCGAUUGGCCAGCCUGGAGCGAGAGAACAGCAGCAUCAAGAGGAAGCUGAAGAACUAUGAGGUCAAGUUCCCUAUGAUCAGUGAGUUUGAGGAGGAGAGGACCCUACAGUGCUGCUCCUGUGAACCUAAGGAGACCUGCCUACUGCAGUCAGAGACCACCAACCUGCAACAGAGAGUCAACUCACUCACACAGGAGCUCCAGAAGAGUAAAGAGCGAGAGGAGAGACUCGAGGAUGUGAUUCAGGCCUAUGAGAAGAUCCACAUGGAGAAGAGUAAUGUUCAGAGAGACCUGGACAAGAUGACAACACUAGCAGAGCAGCACAUGGAGCGUAUCUGUGGUCUGGAGUCAGCUCUGAGGCAGAGGGAGGGGUCCCUGCAGAAACUCAGUGCUCAGCUGCACAGCAAGAACAUUCAUUACCUACAGCUACACACCAGUCUGGACGUGCCUCGUGAGCGGAACGGGCGGGGUCCCACCCUGCAGAGCUCUCGUAGUCUGGACGCCGUGUCCGACCUGAAGCUGCAGCGGUUGGAGGCGGAGCUAGAAGGGGCGCGGCAGCAGGCCCAGGGGGCGUGUCAGAGAGAGACGGAAAUGAAGGAGGAGCUACAGAGGCUGCAGACAGAGAUCAGACAGCUGCAGCAGGAUGUACAGACACAGCAGGAGGUGACCACACUCUGUGAGCACUGUGAUGUGGAGUGGAUAAAGAAGGCAGGAGAUGAACAGGUGAACCUGGCGUUGGCCUACACUGAGCUGACCGAGGAGCUGGGUCGUGUGAGAGGUCUGGCUGUCAAACAGACUGAGAUCCUCAGGAAGGCAUCCCACGAGCAAAUGGUCCUAAGACACUCCCCAGCCCCCCAGCGUCGCUCCCCAGCCUCCCAACGCCCCUCCCCAGACCGCCUCCACCCUCUCCCCUCUCCCUCUCCUCCCCUCUCACCUUCCUCAUCCCCUUCUUGCCCCGCUUCCUACUCCCCCACUGGCCUCUCUUACUCCCCCACCGGCCCAGCCUCCUACUCCUGCCGUCCAACCAGCCAGCGGUUGCGUGCCCGCUUCCAGGGGCGCCGCAGCUACUCGGAGGUGGCCGACUCGUCUGCCCACCAGAGGCCCCCACCCAGGCUGCUCCGUGACCCAGUCUCCACCCUGCCCAAGCCCAGGAACAUGGGGGAGUCUGGGGCCUACUCCCGUCGGCCGGCCUCGGCCCGUGGCGCUGUAGGAGGUGGUGGUGGAGGGGGAAGCAGCCUGAGCAGUAGUCCCCAUCACCAUGACCUGGAGCAGGGCUUCCUUCUAGAUGCAGAGGGGUGCCACUUCUGUCAUCUGGAGGAUUCCCCGGCCCCCACUCCACUGGUCACCCCACCCCAGUCGUCUGAUGAUGAGGAAGAGUGGAGAUGCCCAUCCCCGGUGGCCAGUCCUCCCAGGACACUGGGGGUCAUGGGGGUAAGCUCACGGGAACCCCCUCCCUGCCCCUCCUUCUUGGCCCCAAAUGGCCCAGCUACUCUCACCUGCCACCUGCCAGGGUACGUGGAUGCAGACCACGCCCAGUCCUGGCCCUCCAUCAAUUUGUGGAUGGAGACGGAGGAGAACGACACCCGGAGCUGCCCGCUGUGUCAGCUGACCUUCCCCACCGGUUACCCUGACGACGCCCUCAUCAAACACAUCGACACACACCUGGAGAACAGCAAGAUCUAACCGUUGCCCCCAGACACAGAUCUAGGAACAACUUACCCUGCCAAAUUCAAACCUAAACCAUUACCAGGAAAACACAAAACUGACCUUAGUGUCCAGAGGCGAAUUCGUCCUACUCCAGUCUGCUUCGCGUCAUGACUCUACCUGCUGUAAAAUACAGGAUUCACGAUGGGCUCACCCUUAAUAAAAGUGACAGCACCACAAUUGCGGAUCCCCUUGGCAAUAUGGCACUCGAGAGGAACAGACUCCAUCUAACUGUAGAGAGGUGAUACUGUCAAGCCUCUAGUCGUUUUCUAAACUGGAAAGUUUCCUUACCUCUGGUUUUUGACCAUGUUAGUUUAGGGCUAUAACAAGGGCCAGUGCUGUUUCUGAAUGCUCCCUCUCUCGCCCAUGUUAUCAGGUAUGGUCUUUGACAUGGUUACCUCGCACUGUUUUUAAACGCCAUCAGUAAAAUGGGUCACACCCCUAACUACAUGCUUCAUCAUAAAGUUGACUCUCCGUCAAACCAGAAGGAAGUCUUUGCCCAGACUUUAAGGGCACAUUCAUAGCUGGAGGUACACAGCACUUUUUUUGGAAUUUAGUUCAAAUGGAAAGAAGAAUUUUCUUGAAUCUUGAUGAAAACCGAUCUUUAAAUGAAUGAAUAACAGUAUCUCACGUGUCUUCAUAUAAUUCAAUGAAACAAGUCAAGGAUGACUGAGGGGUUGGCGAUAAUCGCUAUAAAUGGUUGAGCUAUGGCGGGAUGUCAAGGACCCUGAAAACAGGGAUGGACCACUAUAGGUAACUCAUAAGAAAUUCCUUUGUAUAUUGACAUUCAGGGAUUCAGGACAUUGUACAACAGUGAUUAAAACUAGGGUAAAUAACAGGCCGAAGAUGUUCUGGUUUGCAGGAGCUGUACAGUGAAUCCAGGCUGUUGUUCUCCAUGGAUGAUUUGUGAAUCUCAGAAUACUGAAGCUUUAUAUGCAGUCAUCUCCAGUACUUGCCUACAGGUUGUCAAUACAAUUAACAGCAACCCAUUUAAAACCCAAAGGGGGGAGGAGUUUUCCAGAUCUAGAACAUCAGCUGAUUUCUCAACUCAGCCUAUUGUGAAAUUUGCACAGCAAUCAAUAUGAUCCGAAUACACUGGAUGGGGAUCUACCAUCAGUAUGUUGUCUUACGUCAGUUCAGUCGGCACUGAUCAGUCGAUCGAGGGACGAGCGUCGCGCAGGGUUUACACCACCAGUCGGAAGACAAAACGCCAUUAGUAUAGAUACCAUAGAAGGUAACACUGCAAUCAACCACAAAAAUGCGGGAUCGCUUCUGGAGGAACAACCAAGACACUGCCAAUGAGAGAACAGUACGGCGCUACAGGAAUCAGCGAUCAAAAGGAAAUUACAUUUGAAAAUAGACAUGAACCCACGUGCUCACAUUGCAUUCCAACACACUACAGUAUUCCAUUUCUGAAUAUUUUCUUCCUUCAGUAGAAUCACGAGGCUUAGUUUACCCUUUAUAGUCAUCUUUCGGUUUUCUGUAACGCAAAUAAUAAAAACCUAAAUCUCAAAAUGAUAUAACUGGUUGAACUUCAGCUCAUCCCAGUCUUCAAUGACUAGUCUUAAACAGCAACUGGUUGGACUGGGUUCCACGCUUCGAUUCAAUUCAUUAGACGUCAACUCAUAAGGGAACAUGUUGUACACCCAUAGGCAUUUUACAUUCCCUGCAUUGGGAAAUAGUUAAAAGAGAUCCUUCCAGUUAAACAACUGCUUACAAUAGCCACAAGACGUUGCAGUGUCAAAGAAAACCAAAAUCGUUUUAAGUUCCGUAUUUAUUUGAAAAUAGACUAGAAAACAAUUCAUUUGGGAUGAUCGAUGAUCCCCCCCCCCCCCCCCCCCCCCCCCCCGCUAUAGCCCUCCCAAUUGUUUUUACACUGAAAUGUAACAAUGGUUCUCUUUUCCGUAAAACCCACUGUUGAAACAUACAUAAAAAAAACACUUUAUAGUAUCAACCUAAAUCAAGGUUGAAAAGAUCACCCUAAAAAGCAUUAAACAUCUAUAAACUCACUCUAGAUAAAUACAAAAAACUAAGGAAAGCAGUGAAAGUGUUAUAUAGGUCACUGUUCUUUAAAACGGGUGAGGAAGGAGACAGACGUGAGG